AUGGCUCAAGGUUCAAAAACAAAGAAGCCCGGAAAGCCCAAGCAAAAGGGAGGUAGAGAGAAGAAGGGUGUCAUGAAGAAAGGAUCUAGAAGAAUCCCACCCAAGCAAGCUUCCUUGGUCAAGCAAAGAUCAUUGGAUAAGAAACUCACUGCUGAGAUUAACAAAAAUAUCGAGAGACAAAUGUCUGUCAAGGCUAAUGCUGUGGGUAAACUCACCAUCAUGAAGAAGCUGGCCGAUGAGAAGACAACGCCCGAAGAUAAAUCAAAGAUCAAGAGAUCAAGCAAUACUAGAUUGACAACUUAA